GUCAUUAAAAUAAUAGAAGAAGAACAAUCGCCGGUUGCCUGUUGUGGCUUUUGUUUACCUCUAAUACUCUUCCGAACACUCGUUUUAAUAACGUUUCAUCACAUUUUUUAGCAUAAAUCUCUCUCGGUCGUACAAUAUAUGCCAAUUUCAGUCAAGUUGUGCUUUGGAUUGUGACAUGCAUCUUUAAAGGGGUUGUCAAACUUAAAAUCUCACCCAGAACGGCCCCAUGGAACCCAGUAACGAUGUGGCGCUUGAUAUUAUCAUUACCAAUGUCGUAUCUGUCUUCAGAACAAGGUGCCAUUUAAACCUGCGCACCAUCGGCUUAGAGGGCACUAAUGUCAUCUACAAGCCUGAAAUGGGAAAAGUCUUGAUGAAGCUGCGGAAACCACGCAUCACUGCCUCUAUAUGGUCGUCAGGGAAAAUUAUUUGCACUGGAGCAACAAGUGAGGAGGAGGCCAAACUGGGUGCCCGACGGCUGGCCCGCUGUCUGCAGAAGAUUGGAUUUAAGGUGAGAUUCUCAGACUUUAAGGUUGUAAAUGUGCUGGCGGUGUGCUCCCUGCCUUUUCAAAUCCGUCUCAUUGAGUUCACCAAAAAUAACCGUCCCAUUGCCAGCUAUGAACCUGAGCUCCAUCCUGCUGCGUCAUACAGAAUCAAAAACCUCAGGGCUACGGUGCAGGUGUUUUCCACAGGCAAUAUCACUGUUACAGGACCAAAUGUGCAAAGCGUGGCAUCUGCAGUGGAACAAAUUUAUCCUCUCUUGUUUGAGUGUCAGAAAACACUGGCAUAAAACAAACACACACACAGGCACCAGUUUGAAAAAGAAGCACCUUAUCAUUGAAUGUUUUAAGGCUUGUAACUAUUGUACUGUAUGUCUCCCCGAGGCAGCUUUUGCCACUUCACGUCCAAGCGGGUCUGGGUCGUGUGUUUUCGGAGUCAUGCCUUUGAACGAUGGUGUUCGGACCCCACAGCGAAUAAUGACGACUUCCUCAAGCUCAGAAGAGGACCAUUAGUGCAUUGUGUUGCUGCCGUUGUGUCGUUUAAAAACACUUGAAGUAACUGUAUUACAGUGCAUGGACACCAAAGUAAAAUCUGGCAAACAGUGACAUUUAAGGAUCACAUUUUACUUUUGGCAAAUUUUAGCUAAGUUGAUUCUAGUGAUGUCUUUUACAGCUAAUUUAAUGAUAUUAGGAGGAGUGAGAGGUUAAAUGGCACACACUUCACAUUUAAACAGCAGAUGAUGUAUAGUAUAUUUCUGGUGUAUGCUGUUGGACAAGAGCACUGGUUGUGAAGCUUAUGUUAAUGUACUAUGUGACAACUUUUGUAUUUUAUAAUAAACAAAAUAAAGUAAUCCCUAUAUUAAU